AUGGCCCCCGAAUGGUUCAUGUUCAUGGGAGAAGAAGGAGAAAACGCCCUGAAGAAAUUGGGCUUCACCUUCCUCUCGCGAAUAGCCUCGGGCGAACCCUGGCUGGGAAUCGCCGUCUCAGGUCACGGGGUCAUCGCUGAAGGGGUCGCGACAGGUCAGCUAGGUCAGCACCCAGCCGGGGCCUUGGAAUUUGCCGUGAGGGUGCCCAAGGUCUGCAGUGAAGGCAGGCGAUGCGACUGGUAUGCGGAAGAGAAAUUGCAAAGUCAAGCAAAAUUCUGCGAACGCUACGAAGGCUACGGUGACCUGUGCUCGUGCCGUGACCCUUUCACAGCUGAGGUCAGGUCAAAGCAGGCUAAACUUAGGGAGAGGAAAGAGCACAUCCCAGUGGUUGUUGUGACAGCAAAUAAACCCAGACAUCUUUUUAGACUCGUCCGAAACCUCUUCACCGUCCAAGGCGCGUCCGAAACCGGCGUGGUCGUGGUCGUCGACGGUGUCCACGCAGAGACCCUGGCCCUUGGGAAGGUCUUAGGCGUGGAGGUCGUCGUCCACACGCCCGUAGGCACGCACAACGAACGCACGAACGCCAACGUACGCUUCGCUCUCUAUACCGUCUUCACGCAGUUCCCGGAUGUCGAUAAGGCAAUUCUUCUCGAAGACGAUUUGCUGUUGGCGCCUGACGUGCUGAGCUUCUUCCACCAGACGGCCUGGCUCCUGGACCACGACCCGACCCUCUUCUGCAUUAACGCCUUCAACAGCAACAGCCUCCCAGGAGUGGCGUCCGACCCCACGAAAAUCCUGCGGUCUGAGUCCUUCCCUAUGUACGGCUGGAUGGUCAGGAGGCAGUACGCGCUACAGGCCGUGCUGCGCUGGAUUCCGUAUGGGGUGGGCGACUGGGACUUCUGGCUCAUGCGGGCGGACUCCCAGCGCGGGCGUGACCUAGCUUCGCCCGAGGUCAGCCGCACCUUCCACGCAGGGUCAGCCGGAGCGCACGUCGACGGCUUCGAGCAGCAGCUGUACUACGGGCGGAUGAUGAUGACGAGGGACCCGGAUGUCAGGCUGGAGAAUCUGACGAGCAUCCUCUUGGACAACUACAUGCGAAAUCUAACGGACGAAAUUAAGUCCGCGGAAAUGCUGUCGCCAAAUCCUUUAGACGAAAACCUUGUACCCGAAGGACAUCCGGGACCUUUUGUUGUGUUCGUGAGGUCCGGCACAAGGAACGAUGAAUUCUACAGCUUCAGGGUAUUCAUGAUGAGCCUGAGCACCUACUACUGGGACACGCGCGAGGUUUUCAGAGGAGUCAUGCGAUUCCGUGUGGGCGGUGGGCGGCUCCUGUACGUGGUGGGCUGCCCGCUCUCCCAGGACUUCUGUAAGUACAACCCGAAAGGCUACAUGACCCUCACGCCUUCGAAAGAGCUGGUGAGCGAAGUGCAGCGGAAGGUCGACCUGUUCGAAGCCAGUCUUUCCGAAACCCGCGCCCGACACAGGGUUCGCGCUGCCGAUCCGGCCAAGGAGGCGCAGCUGCUCAACUAUCCUAUCUUGACGUCCAACGGAGUCCAUCAGAGUCUAACAGAAUCCACCGGAGUCCACCAGAAUCCACCAGAAUCCAUCAGAAUCCACCAGAAUCCACCACGGUCCAUUCUGGCAAACAGUUACGAGAGGAAAUAG